AUGGCUUCUUCAACCGUUUUCCUUGCUGAUGGAUCAGAAGGUGUCAUUUGUCCAAGUGAGGAUUAUUGUGAUCUUAUUUGCAUGAAUGAAAAUGUUUGGGCACUUCGUUCCUGUUGCAGAUAUAUAGAUGUCUUAGAUCCUCAAGGUGGGGAUUUGUUAGAUACUUUAAGUUUACCGGAGAAAUGUGUGCAAAUAUGUUGUGCAGCCAAUCGAGUAUGGCUCUUAUCUACCAAUGGACAUCUGAUUAAUUAUGAUUUUAGUGGUAUACUUCUUGGUGUACUUGAUAGUGAGUAUGGGAAAAUAAAGAGAUUACAUUCUUUUGAUAAUUGUCCUUCUUUCUUUGCAACUAGCCAAGAAGGUGCAUUUCAAAUAUGGAAUAUGGAUAGAAUGAUUGUGGAUCGUGUAUUUCCAUGUGAAGGUGGUGGUAUAAUCGUUGCUGUAUUUCCUGUUCAUCCCUAUUCAUUACUGCUUUCUGUUCAAGAGGAUCAAAUAAUAUUAUGGGAUUUAAAUAAUUCUCAUCCACUUUGUGUAAAACCGGUAGAAAAGGUAAACACAGCCGUUUUUGUACGAUCACUUUACGCAACUUCUUCUCCUGAUUGUUGUUGGGCGGGAGGAAAUAAAUGGAUAUUUAUUUUUCGACUUGUGAAUAGUCCAAAUGGUGAAAUUACACUUGAAAAGGAACGGGCUAUACCAUGUGCGAGUGUACGUCAACUGGUGUCUAUCUCUUUAUCACAUAUUAUAUCAUUAGAUGCGGAAUCUUUAAUAACUGUGUGGGAUUCACGCAAGUAUACACCCGUACGAUUAUUUAAAGUAGAUACAGCAAUGGAAAUUGUACGUGGUUCACCAUCUCCUCAUUUAUUUCUUGUUCAUACUUCUCAAGUGAUGACCUUCUGGACUUUGGCUUCGCAGAGACGAUUUACAUGGGAACAUCGGGUAUAUGAUGACAAGACUCUGGGAUUAGAUUCAUCACACAUUUCUACUUGUUUUGUUAAGCAAGAUGAGAGUAUGUAUCUUUCUAAAAAGUAUUCGUGUUUAUUAGAAAUGACAGAUGCUUAUCGUAAAAAAAUUGUGGAGAUUAUAUCAAAUACGGCUCUUGAUGAGGUAAUGAAAACAACCACUAUUUUAACACUAGACAAAUGUCUUGGGGAUCAAAUGAAGGUGUUAAUGAGUGAUGAUAAUAAUAACAACAAGACGAGUUAUUUAUCAAUAAAAAAAAAGAGUUCAAGAGAUUUAGUGAAAUAUUGGCGUGAAAAAUAUUUAGUUGAGAAGGAACGUAAUGAAAUCUUACUAAACCGUCUUCAGGGAAUUACGGAGAAUAUACAAAAGAAACCACAUGAGUCCAAUCUUGAAAGCCAUUUGGCGGACCUUUUGGUAUUAAAUUGCGCUCAUCAGAGAACUAUAUCUGAACUUCGUGGAUAUAUUCUUCAACUGGAAGCGAAAAUACAUGAAAUAGAUCUCGAUGGUAUUAAUAAUGUAUAUCCCACACAAGUUAUGGAAAAUAAGAAUAAAGUUUAUAUAGAUCGCAUAUCUAACCUUCAAAGAGAAUUACAAAUGGCAUUAGAAAAUAGUUCAAGUGUUGAGGAAUCUCAAGAAGAGGUUCAAAAAAUGGCGGAUAUACUUUCUAGAACAAAAGAAGCGCUUAAUUUGGAGCGAAAAAAAGUUAUCGCACUCACACAACAGAUAAUGGCAAUAGGAAGAGAAAAGGAUAAACUAUGUAAUAACAUGGAGUAUCUUGAAGAGGAACUUCAAACUUCCAUACGUCAAGGAGAAGAACGUGAAGAGUUUCUAAAAAGAGGCCAAUUUGAAAUGGAGGAGAAGUUGAGACGAAUAUCUUUAAUGCUUACUGAGAAAGAUGAAGAAAUUCGUCUAAUGACAAAACAAAUGGAAGAGAUGAAGGAAUAUAGACACUUCGCUUCUGACCUUACUCUCCGAGAAACAGAGAUUGCAGGUCUUAAAAGACAAUUGGAGUAUAUGAAAGAUAAUUUAUUAAUAUAUCAGAAAGAGAAAAUAUCAGCUGGAAGUGCAUAUGACUCUAUCAUGAAUAUGUUAAACUCUUUGAAGGAUAAUUCUCCGGCUGCAAUUUUAGGAAAUGCACUUGGAAAUAUUGAUCAUAGAUUGUCGCAUUUAAAAACCUGUGAAAAAUUGUUAAUGGAAAAGGAUGACCAUCUUGCUAUUAAAGAUGAUGAAAUUCGUCUUCUCAGUCGCCGUGUAAAAGAGUUAGAAGGAGAUAUUUCGCGUGUAUCCUCUUUAUUCUCUCGUGUACCUCAUAGUGUGAGAGAUAUAGAAGCACUCUUGCUAGAAGUUAAUGAAUAUCGUCUCCGGUAUGGGAAGAGUGAAGAAAUUGAUGAGAUGGUGGCUAUUCAACAACUGGAGUUGGCAGCUGGUCGUUCUGUAGAUUAA